AUGGAUUUUUUCUUUUGUUUUUUUUCAGUGUGUUGUGUGAACUGUGAUAAAAAUGAAAUCAAAUUAGUGCGAAAAUUAAUGGCAGAUUAUGAUAAACGAAUUCGGCCAUCUUUGAAUGCCAGUGAAUCUUUAAAUGUGACUUUUGGAUUAGCUUUAGCCCAAAUUAUAGAUGUGGAUGAGAAGAAUCAAAUAUUAACAACUAAUUGUUGGUUGAAUCAGAUAUGGAUUGAUUAUGCAUUAAGAUGGGACCCGGAUGACUAUGGUGGUAUUAAAGUUAUUAGACUACCUUUUGAUCAAGUUUGGAGGCCGGAUGUCCUUCUGUAUAACAAUGCCGAUGUCUCCUCUAUAUUUUCAUCAAUUAGUUCCAAUGUGAUAGUGACGUCAGAUGGUAAUGUCACGUGGUUAUCUAUGGUCAUUUUCAAAAGUUCGUGUUCAAUUGACGUACGUUAUUUUCCGUUUGAUGAACAGAACUGUACGAUGUUGUUUGCGUCUUGGACGUACGACGGAUAUCAACUGAAUUUAAUGGUUAAUACCGGAGAUGGAGAUACAACAAACUACAUCCAUAAUAGUGAAUGGGAAUUGGAUAAACUGAAAGUAGAACGAAACGUAGUGUAUUAUUCGUGUUGUGCGGAACCGUACCCGGAUAUAACGUUUUACAUCCAUAUCCGACGACGUCCGUUAUUCUACAUCUUCAACAUGAUUCUACCGUGUAUAAUGAUAACACUGGUGGCUUUACUAGGAUUUUACAUUCCGUCUGACUCCGGGGAAAAAGUAACAAUGGGUAUCACCACUCUGCUAUCAAUGACAGUAUUUAUGAUGCUCGUGACUGAGAACAUGCCUCCUACUUCUGAUGUUCUUCCUCUAAUAGGUUUAUAUUAUGGAAUGACUAUAUUCAUUGUAUCGUUCGCUACCGCCAUGACAGUUUUUACCUUGAAUAUACAUCAUAAAGGAGCCAGGGGUUUAGAAGUUCCUAGGAUUAUUAAGAAAAUUUGCUUUGGUUUCUUUGCUAAGAUAUUUUGUAUGAAAAUUGAAUCCGAUGUAAAAACAAAGAAUAGUAAUGUAAUAAUGUUGCCAUUCAAAUCCAAUUGCACUUAUUGUAAAAUAAAGUUAUUCGUGUAUUAUCCUCGGACGAUUUUGUCUCGAUCAAAUAAACAGAGGAUGCGUUUAAUCAAUCGAGAUUUAGUCAUCACCUCUGUAAUAAACUCAACGGUGUUUGGUUUCAGUCCCAACAGCAGGAAUGUAAUGGAGCUACCAACACCGGGUACAUCAGAUAUAAAAUGGCACCACAACAUGAUGUCGAAGCUUCUAGUAGAGGAAAUAGGCCUUUCAACUUCUAAUGGUAAUAAUGUCCCAUUCCGAAUUUUCUCACAUUUUUAUUAUGUUUCUCUACAGGAGUACAUGCCAGCUACAGAAUUAUCAUCGUUUAGUCACGUCGACGUUAAACUAGAGACUGAGCCUAAACAGGCAAAUGGCGGCAUUUCCGGUCACAAUUUCUCGCCAAGAUUUAGACCAAUGACAUCAACGAGUAGCCCGGUUAUUGAGAAUUUUGAACUGCAAUUUAUGAGAGUUCUACAAAAAGUGUAUCAAACAAUAGAACGCAAUGAAAUGCGACUGGUUGAAAACGAUAGACGCGAGUCGAUUAAACUUGACUGGCAACAAGUUGCGCAAAUUGUGGACAGAGUUCUCUUAUCUUGUUUUGUGAUAAUGACAAUGGUCAUUACUGGUAUUGUGUUACUUUCAGCUCCGCGAAGCGAGAUGACAAAUCCAAUGUGA